CUGUCCUCCACUGCCCUGGCUGCGAGUCGGCGCUCAGCCAAGCCGUCUCGCAGCCAAAAUCGACACAUUUGAGGGACGCACGGGACACCUGAAAUUUGAGACUCGAGGAACGGGCUGCGAUUCCGCUCCAUUUCCCAUCCGCACAACCACACGUCCCUACUCACGACUCUCCUUCAACUUCCAUCCGCGCACCAUCGUUUUCGACCUGGAGGUCUGGGAUGGCCCCUGGUUGGUCCACAUACGAUGAGGACUACAACAAUGAUAACGUGCUGGACACAUCAGAGCGCAAUGCCGCCUCCCUAGAUACCGCCCACGACGAGGCAUACUGGCGCGAGAAGCUGCACGACUUGGGACAAGAGGACGACAUUGAUGGGACGACGCGUAGUGCCUACCUACACGACGGUGGCUCUUCGGCGCUGCCUCGUCGAUGGCAGCAAGCGGGAGAAUUAGAUGGCCGAGCGCCUGAGAGGAUGGGCGACGAAGAGUAUGCCGAGUGGCUGCGCGAGGGCAUGGAGAGUCGGCGCCGUAAGCGAGGAAGAGGCGAUGAUGAUGAUCGAAGCACGCCGAGGAUGAGCCGUCGUCAAGAAGAUCGCAUCAAGGCAGAGAAGCGCCGAGCUCAAGAUGAGGCCAGCGAACGAGCUCAAAGGCGCAAGGCCAAGGCGGAACGCCGCAGGACGAAAGCCGAAUGUGAAGAAUACCACAACCUGCUCGAGGAGCGCAAGCAAUGGGCUCGUCGAUGGGCAGAGGCAAAGCGAUCAGACAAGAAGGAGGGCUCAACCUACUUCAGCGACAUCGCCUGGCCUGUGCGACCACCGAGGGACGACCAGCCACUACGCCUAGACAAGGAGAGCAUAGCGUCCUUCCUUGUAGGCGGGCCAGAGGGGGCUCCGGAAGGCUACCCGGACUGGUUGGCUCGUCGACAAAAGAAGGAGGCGAAGCGGCGGAAACAUGACACCACAGCGGGUGACGAAGAAGAUUCUUCUCCACCCAAAGACCUGCUUCGUACAGCCCUCCUCGUCUUCCACCCCGACCGCUUCUUCUCCUCCCCCCUAUACGCCUCACUGAGCGAGGUUGGCCGACAGAAGGCGAUGGUGCACGACUGUGUCAUCAGAGUGGCGCAGGUGUUGAGCGAGCUGGUCGAGGAGAGGAGGCGAGACAAGCAGGGGAGAUGAAGCGGUUUGAGGGCCUCAGAUGCUGUACAAUAGAUGAAAGAUGAUACAGAUUCGUCAGGGCGGUCGUGAGAGUUUAUUGGCCAAGCUGGUUGGCUCCAGAUUCGGUGCCAGGGACCUUCUUGUGGUCCUUGAGCUGCGGGGUCGC